AUGGGAGGGUUCACCUCGCUCUUGCUAGGUUGGGCUUAUGAGUACCUUUUAGACCGCGUUAUUAUCUGGAGGGCGGAUCCGGACUACUCUCAAGACCAGCCUAGGGCGUACCGGUGGGUUACCUCCCGGGUAAGGCAUGUCGGACUCCAGGAGAGGCGAGUCAUUCUCGAUGAGCUUACGAUGGAUGACAUUUUAUGGACCCCAUUUGAGGACCAUCAGGCUAAUCGACCACGGGAUCCCAGGGCCCUGUAUUCUGGCUACAUCCGGACGCCAUUCGGCCGGUCUGUUCGACGACAUCUACCAGAGAGGGUUCUGCGCCAAUUUGGCUACAUACAGGAUAUCCCUCGACAACCCUCUGAGAUCCAGACAACUGGGUCCCUCGCUGAGACCGCAGAUGCUGCAUAUGCUGACUUUGAGCCGCACCUGCGCCCUGAGGGGAUCCCUGCUACACAUCCGGGAGAGGCGGUGGAGGGGUACAUGAGGUGGUAUAGCCUUUCUGCUAUGCGUCGGGGUGUGGAGAUGUUGGAGCAGUCACUAGAGGUUCCAGAUGCUCUCGCACUAGGCACACAGGCCUGA